GUCACCGUCUUUUGUUUACUUACACCACUGUUAGUUUCAUCAUUAAACACGCUGAAUUCUUGUAUUAUACUCCAUAAUAAUACAAUAAUACAAUAAUACUCCCAUACUUAGGUACUCAAAGGAGAACUCCACCACGAACGCGUCUGCCUUCAACAUUAACUCAUGAUUCUACUCUACAACUCAACUCCAGAAGAAAUAUAGCACGAUGGCGCCCGUGAAAAUGACGCGAAAGCGCAAGUCUAAUCAAUCGACGAGUUCCCCUGAAGAUCAAAAAAUUCCCACGACGAAAGGUUCCCCCCAGAGAAGUCCGAUUAAGAAGCGAAGGUUAGGCCUCUCAAUCGCGCAAAAACAAGCUCUCAUCGAGAAUCUGCAAUUAGAAAUUACCGAACGUGCUAGACGUCUCAGAGCUCAGUACAAUAUCCAGGCGCAACAACUUCGGUCGCGCGUUGAGAUGCGCAUCAACCGGAUUCCAACCGCCUUACGCAAGGCCAAGAUGGGCGAGCUCCUCUCCAAAUCUUUACAACCACAGCAACCCCCUCGCCCGCCCAAGUCAACGUAUGUAGCUAAACCUCCAUCUGUUCCGGCAAAAGAUGGAACAUCGCCCAAGCCUAUACAGCGGAAGCCGAUUCCCACAACCAGCGCAGCAGCCGGACGCAAGCGCUUAAGUGAGGAGAUUUCAGGUGCCGAUAAAGAAAACCUAGGCAGUGCCGUUGAGAACCCCAAGAAGAGAAUUCGUGGCGCGGCGACUAAGGGGCCCGCGUCGACCCAGCCGGGACAGAUCCUAUCGCCUACCACCUCGAAUACACGAGUCGUCCCCCGCGAGCGCCCAGCCUCUCCUACAAAGCGUGUGAUUAGUAGACCUCCAUCCCCUGUAAAGGGUCCACCGCCCAAAGCCUCGUCGAACAUCCUAUCAAACAUGGUUGAGAAAGCAAAGGGGACGCGACCCGCAGCAGGCACGAGGAAAGCUACCACAUCGUCUACAACUAGUUCAAAUAACGGUCCAACUACCACACGCACACGUCAACCCGCUGUCCCCUCUCGCCCACCCACUGCAGCCUCUACACGUGGUAGACGGAAAGUCAGCGCUACAAGUGAGGCUAGUGAUGGCAGUACAGCAACCGUAGUGAAGAAGACGACUGCAUCGAGGGCUGCUAAGACAACUGCGGCUCCUCCGGCGAAGAGAACAGUUAUGAGCACAAUAAAGUCAGCUACUACUAAGAAACCUCCGGCAUCAAAGGCCACGGCUGCACCCGCUACGGGAACGGGAAGGACGUUGAGGAAGAGGGCAUAAAUCAUGAAUGGAAUAAUGUGUAUUGAGUUAGGUUUGGUGUUCUAGGUUAAUUGGCGUACGGGAAAAUUGGCCGAGGCCAGGUCACAAUGAGAUCCUUGUUCGCUAUUCUAUUCAAGGAAUGCUGCUUUUUUUUUGGCUUCCUAAUUUACAUAAAGGGCCACCCGUUUCGUGACAUGCCUUAGCCGGCGCUAGCACCCUUCUUCUUUUUGUCAUCUACCAGCUCGAUGUUGUCCUUCGGUAUAUCUUUAUACUUCUCCAAUAGGAACUCUUCGAUCUCGUCGCUCACGUCUCCUUGAACGACAAUUUCUUCCCCUCCGCUCGGGACCUUGGUGACGGAGGAGCCGGUAGCGAACUUCUUACCAAACUCCUUGGCGACUUUCUUGAGAUCCAAGCCGAAAGCCUCGAGGCCUGACACGGCAGUCACGAAUUUUCGUUUGUUCCGCUCGACCCGCUUGAUCGUAACGACACUGUUGGCGAUCUUGUCGGCUUGUUUCUGCUCCGCCUUCUCC